CGUUCUGGGAGGCAGGAGGGCUUCUGACCCGCGGCUUCUUCCACCUCCAGAGAAGCUGCGGUGGCGGGAAAGACCCCUCCCCUUUGGGGGACAGUGGGUGACGCUGAGAGUGUCAAUGCUCUGACGACUGGACACUAGCCCCCAGUUUCCGUCCGGAAGGAGAUCAAUGGAUAUUAUAAAGGGAAACUUAGAUGGAAUUUCAAAACCAGCCUCAAAUUCAAGAACACGUCAUGGGAGCAGAGGUUCAAAUGCUUCUUUGGAGGUGCUCUCACCGGAACCAGCAUCCUUCAAGGUUGAUACUGCAAUCAAUCUGAACUCUGGUAAAGAAGGCCACUCAGAAGGCAGUAGUAAUACAGAGGAAGGUAGAAACAGUAAUGAUGAUAAAGGGGAAAACUACUCUGAGAAAAUAAAACUGGCUGAAGAGGGAUCAGAUGAAAAUUCGAACUUGGUUCAGCAUCAGAUAAUCCCUGAAUGUUCAGAUGAAUCUGAAAUAAAAGAAUUAGAUUCUCAACUUCAAGAUGCUAUUCAGAAGAUGAAGAGGCUUGAUAAGAUAUUGAUGAAGAGACAACACAGAGAAAAAGAAAUCAAGAAGCAAGGUCUAGAAAUGAGAAUAAAGCUGUUUGAAAAACUUAAGUCUGCAAAAAAUGGUGAAGCUUUACAAAGUAAUGAGGAGACGGAAAGUACAAAAAACUUUCUAGCUUUAACUGCUGCAUCAGAAGAAACUGUUGAUCCUUCUUGCUAUGAGCACGAAGAUACCUUUUUCUCUGUGUUUCACACUCAAGUCCCUCCAGAAGACUAUGAAAACUGUAUACAGAAUGUCAAUAAAGAUUUUACGUAUGGUGUGGAAAGAAAUGAGUCAUUGAUCAAAGCAGAAAAGAAACCUUUCUCAAAUACAGAAAAGAUUGAGCUCAGGGGUAAACACAGCCAGGACUUUAUUAAGCGAAACAUUGAGUUGGCCAAGAAUUCAGGACAACCAGUAGUUAUGAUUGACAGAGAGAAGAAAAGGCUGGUUGAACUUUUGAAGGACUUGGAUAACAGUGAUUCGGGGCUGUCCAGUUCUGAGGGAGAUCAGUCUGGCUGGCUGGUCCUGGGAGAAGGAUACACACCUGCAGUCACCCAGCAUGAGCAGCUUGCUAAAAUUGAUACAAAACUCCAAGAACUUUCUGCCAUUUACCCAACAAUUUCCAGCUCUUCUCCAAGACCUGAACUUCAGAAUGAUGAGGAACCUGAUCUUAAUGGUGAUGAUAGAAAUACAGAAAUAACUCCAGGAGAAAAGGUACUUCAGAAUACCAAAGAGCAACGGGAUCAGCAGAAUCGGUUGAGAGAGAUAGAUGAAAAGCUAAGAAAGAUGAAGGAAAAUGUGUUAGAUUCAACAUCACUUCUCUCUGAGGAACAGUUAAGGUGUCUUCUGGAUGAAUGCACACUUAAACAAAAAUCCAUGAUUAGACUGUCUUCAGAAAGAGAAAAGAAAGACAUUGAGGAUAUAACACCUGAGUUGCCCCAGCUUUCCAGAUCUAUUCUCUCUGAGUCACUAGAUGAGUCAAAAACAAAGGUCAAAAGCACUGAGGUGGAAGACGCAAAUAUGCCUGAGAAUGCCAAAGGUGAAACAUCUAGAGGCUACUAUCUGACCAAAGCCUCGACUGGGCAUUUUACGUCAGAAGCUCUUGUCGUUGAAGCAAAGAAUAUGAAAUGCCUCCAGCUUUCUGAGGACAAGGUUAUUGGUGACACAAAAGACUAUUUUAUGUCAAAGACUCUUGGCAUUGGGAGACUGAAAAGGCCCUCUUUCUUGGAUGAUCCACUGUAUGGCAUCAGCGUGAGCCUUUCAUCCGAAGACCAACAUCUGAAACUCAGCCCUCCAGAGAAACCCAGACCAGAUGAACAGGAGACUGAAGAUGUAACAGAAGAAUGUAAAGAAUCUUAAGCAAAGACUUGCUGGGGUGUGCUUUUAAGAAAGCUGGUAAAUUAAAUUAAAUCACAUUUUUUCCAAAUUCUUUGAAUUCAAUGAAUGCAUUAUAGAGACCAUUCCUCAAAUGAUGAUUUUAAUGUUUGGAUUCUCUCUUUCUGGAUCACAUUUCCUUGAUAUUUUUGAGACUCGUGGUAUAAUUGUUCAGUGGUUUUUCCUCAUCGAAAUUCCUGGGAAAAUUUUUUAUUGCUAAAUUUGCAACAUCAGGGAUACGUUAUAGAAACCAACAUUUAUGUAUGUGUGCUACGUUAAAACUAGUUGAAAUGCUAUGAUUGUUUUGUAUUUGAUUUGAUACGUUGCCACUUUAUUGUGAUUUAGACAGAUUUGAUCACCAUGAAUUGUAGCUUUGCCCCUGCUUUCCCUUCUUUCCUCCUCUCUAAUGCCUGUUAAGUAAGUACAACUUGCCGUGGAGAGAAAUGAAUUUUCUCAACAAAGCAAUGUUAGGCUAUCCUUGCUAUCUUAUUAGUAAUGGUACUUUUCAUAAGCAGAAGUUUGACUGAAUUAUUACAUAUAUUAUAUUUAGUUAUUUUCUUUCAGAGUUUGCCUUUUACAAUGCAGCAAAUAAAGAUCAGCUACUUAAAAAAAAAUAACCUGGGGUACUAUUUGAAGAGAGAGGGUUUGUUAGUUACAAGUGAGUAGCCUGGAUUCAUGAGAACAUUUUAUGUCAACACUCCAUAUGAUGAAUUGGCAUUAGAACUAGAAGUCCAAUUUAUUUCUGAUUCUAAAAAAAAAAAAAAAAAAGAGCUAUUGUGCAGUAUUUAACAAAAUUUGGAAUAAUGUGUAUGUAGCAUUAUUAUUUUUCGCUCGAAUGUUUUCAUCUACUGAUAUUGGAUAAUAUUAGUGAUUGCUUACGUCAAGUUUGCUUGACUUUUUAAAGUGAAGACUUCUAUAGCUACUGUUUUCAGAAGAAUUGAUAGGCAAUUUCUUUUUCUAGCCUUUUUCAGUUUAUAUUAAAACAGCAGUGGUUCUUGUUGAUGUUAAUGUGCUACAGUGUAAUUUGUCUUGAUGCUAAGAGUUUUGCCGUGGGUUGCCAGCAGAGGUUAAAAGUCAUGAUUUUGGACUCUCAUAGGAGUGACAUGUGUGGCAUAGGGUUUGGGUCAGAACAAUCAGAGGAGAGAGGUGGUAUGGAUGGGGAUUUGCAGUGGUGAUAGAGAGGAGCCAUUUUUGCCCAUAAGCCUUUCAGAGGAGUGGGGCUUUCUAAACCCAUGUGCUUCUGGUGUUUGACAUGUAUGUGUAUGUUUGUGAGAGAGAGAAAGAGAGAGGGAGAGGGAGGGAGAGAGGGAGAGCAGGAAAGAGCGAGAGAAGGGGAGAGGGAGAUAGAUGUUGGAGAGAGAGCUUAUGCCUUUGUAAACUGUUCCUGCAAAUGGUAUUUGCGGCAGAGUGAAUCUUUAUGUUACAAGAGUUUAAGAGAAGGAAAGGAAAACAGAAUGAUUUUAAGUAGUGAAUUUUACCAUUGAAAGAGGUGACACCAUUCCAUAGCAUGUCAACUGAAAGUACCUCUAAUAAGAACUGGCAAGCUGAAUUUGUAUAAUAUAUUCAACAUGAAGGCUCCAGAUUAAUAUAUUCAACAUGAAGGCUCCAGAUUAAAAAAAAAGAAAGGCCCUGAUAGGGAAAGAAAAUGUUAUUAAAAAAUAAGUUUUUAUUUUAAGGUUCCUUUUAGACCUGAGUGUUUGCCCCAGAACAAGAUAGAGAAGAAAAGAUAUAAAAGAGCAAGAGCUAAUUCAUUUCAGGAAUGAAUUUAGGAUCUUAAAAUUUGAGGUUUUUCUACUUAUGACUCCUCAAGAAAAUUACUGGCAUCACCUUUAUUGUAAAUUCCCAGAGGACCUAAAACUGCCGUCCUAUCCAACUCUUUGAAAUGCAUGACAAUAAAAUAGAAGGAAAAAGCUAUACCCCGAUGGCAUAAUUUUAAUUUUUAACACAUCCUGUAUUUUAGUACAACCUGAUACGAAGGUCAGUCUUGGAGUGAAUAUGCAGCAUGCCUGGGAAAAACCUCCUGUUCCCAGAUACUUUUUUCUGUCCCAUCUUGAUAUUUUGAGUUACUUUUGUUCUGUUACUACUUAAAAGUGAAUUAGAAUUCUCUCCCAAGACUUCACACGUUGAGCUGCUCAGAGAGUGAAUGUCAUGUUUCAAAGAAUUAUUUCUUUCAAAUCAGUUUUCCAAAUUUUAUAACCAAUACCAACAGCUUCUAGUUCCUGACUCUUCACCUGGAUACCAUAAAAUGAUUUGGCAAUUUAUACUUAUAUAGGACUAUGCUACCCUAGAUAGAUGUUUCUAGAAUGGGAGAGAAAGAUCAACAAGGAAAAAGAGUCUAUCUCACUCAGCCAGUCCUUUUUAAUAGAUCUCAAAGCGAGACCUUUAACCUACUCAUAAAUUUUUUUAUUCUACCUGUUCUUAUUAAAACUAAAAAUUGGCCAGUAUUCUACAUUCAUGGUUAGCCCACCUGAAACUCAAGUUCUGCUUAUUGUAAGGCAUUGGCCUUCUCUUCACAAAAUAAUUUGAUUUUUUACAUGUAUAUAUGUUUUUAGGAUUUCGUCCAAAUUCGACCUGUCUCUGUAGUCAUCCGUUUUUGACCAAAGGUAUAGUCGUUCUCCAAAAAGUGUUACCUGUAGAGUUUGACCCAACUUUUCGAGGACAGUUCUUCCUCCGUUAACGUUUCUAAAGCUUCUCCACAACGUGCAAUGGUGUUGCCCACCCAGUGCCCUCAUUCAUGGCUCAGAAGAUGUAGCUGUGAAUUCUGUGUGCUUCACUCCUGUUUUCCUUUUUCAUUGUUUUUAGAAACAGAACUGGACUUUGAAAAGGAUUCAAUAAAUGACAUUUAGUGACACUGGUAAAAUAUGAACUUGUAUCCUUUUGGGUCCCACAUCUUGGGGGGACAUUUCUCAUUGCUGUGUUUUUAAUAUGACAGGUUAAUUUUUGUUUUGUUCUUCUAUUCCACAAAUCCAGCAAAUAUGUCAUCUAAGCAACUCAGUCUUCCUAAAUCGUAUAGGAAAUAUGAAUGUUCCUGUUACUUACUGUGUUUUCUUUUUGUAUAUACUCUAUUGGUUUGAGGAUGGAAUUUACCCAUACCUCAUAACAUAAAGCCAGAAAACAAAUAAACAUGGAUACAGUAAGU